AAGGUAUUGAAACUAGUACUUGGUGUUUAUCAAACACGUACUUUCCAGGCAUUUAGACGUUUUCUCUUCCUCCGAGAAAGAAAUCUUGAAUUUGGACCUAUAUCAAGAUAUUCUGACAAACAACCACAAUCUUCAGGAUACCAGCUGCAACGUCAUGACCAGAGACAAAGAACCUAUUGUCAAGAACUUUCAUUUUGUUUGCAUUGUGACCUUAAUUGUUGGGAUCAUAAUCCAGUUCUCUGUUGAAACUGAAUUUGCAAUAGACAUGUCAAAAAAAGGCCUUACUCAUGUCUCAAAAGACCUGCCACCAAAAACCCAAGUCAUAGAUGUGUCUGAAAACUACAUAUCUGAGCUACAGGUGUCUGACAUCAGCUUUCUGUUAAGGCUGAAAGUUUUGAUACUUUCUCACAAUAAAGUCCAGCUCCUUGAUUUAAGUGUUUUCAAGUUUAACCAGGAUUUGGAAUAUUUGGAUUUAUCUCACAAUCAGUUGCGGAAAAUAUCCUGCCACCCUUUAGUGAACCUCAAGCAUUUAGACCUCUCAUUCAAUGACUUUGAUUCCCUGCCCAUGUGUAAGGAAUUUGGCAAUUUAACCCAAUUGGAUUUCUUGGGAUUAAGUGCUACUAAGUUACAACAAUUAGACCUGCUGCCCAUUGCUCAUUUGCAUCUGAGUUACAUCCUUUUGGAUUUAGAAGGUUAUUAUGUGAAAAAAAAUGAGACAGAAAGUCUUCAAAUUCUGAAUACAAAGAAACUUCACCUUGUUUUUCAUCCAAAUAGUUUAUUCUCUGUCCAAGUGAACAUAUCAGUUAACACUUUAGGGUGCUUAGAAAUGACUAAUAUUAAAUUGAAUGGUAAGAACUGUCACAUUUUAAUGAAAUUUAUAUUAGAACUCACCAGAGGUCCAAGCUUAUUGAAUUUUACCCUGAACCAUGUGGAAACAACUUGGGAAUGCUUGGUUAGAGUUUUUCAAUUCCUUUGGACCAAACCUGUAGAAUAUCUCAAUAUUUACAAUUUAACAAUAGUUGAAAACAUCAGGAAAGAAGAUUUUGUUUAUUAUAAAACUGCCCUGAAAGCAUUGAAAAUUGAACAUAUUACAAAAACAGUCUUUAUUUUUUCACAGUCAGCAUUAUAUACAGUGUUUUCUGAGAUGAACAUUAUGAUGCUAACCAUAACAGAUACCCCUUUCAUACACAUGCUUUGUCCAGAGAAACCAAGCACACUUAAGUUUUUGAACUUUACCCAGAAUGUUUUCACAGAUAGUAUUUUUGAAAAUUGUUCCACUUUAGUUAGAUUGGAGACUCUCAUCUUACAAAAGAAUGGGUUAAAAGACCUUUUUAUAGUAGGUCUCAUGACUAAGGAUAUGCCAUCUUUGGAAAUACUGGAUGUUAGCUGGAAUUCUUUGGAAUUUAGUAGAGAUGAGGGAAAUUGCACUUGGGUUAGGAGUAUAGUAGUGUUAAAUUUGUCUUCAAAUAGAUUUACUGACUCUGUUUUCAGAUGUCUGCCUCCAAAGAUCAAGGUACUUGAUCUCCACAAUAACAGAAUAAAGAGCAUUCCCAAACAAAUUAUGAAACUAGAAAGUUUGCAGGAACUGAAUGUUGCUUUCAAUUAUUUAAUUGACCUCCCUGGAUGUGGUUCCUUUAGCAGUCUUUCUUUAUUGAUCAUUGACCAUAAUUCAAUUCCCCACCCAUCAGCUGAUUUCUUCUCCAGUUGCCAGAAUAUUAGUACAGUACGAGCAGGAAACAAUCCAUUCCAAUGUACAUGUGAGCUAAGAGAAUUUAUAAAAAAUAUAGGCCAAAUAUCCCGUGAUGUAGUUGAGGACUGGCCUGAUUCUUAUAAGUGUUACUACCCAGAAAGUUAUAAGGGAACCCCAUUACAAGACUUUCACAUGUCUCCAUUAUCCUGCAACACAUCUCUGCUGAUUGUCACCAUUGGGGCUGCCAUGCUAGUAUUGGUUGUUAUUGUGACCUCCCUUUGCAUCUACUUGGAUCUGCCCUGGUAUCUUAGGAUGGUGUGUCAGUGGGCCCAGACCCGACACAGGGCUAGGAAUAUACCCUUAGAAGAACUCCAAAGAACUCUCCACUUCCAUGCUUUUAUUUCAUACAGUGAACAUGAUUCUGCCUGGGUGAGGAAUGAACUGGUACCUCGUUUAGAAAAAGAAGAUAUACGGAUUUGCCUUCAUGAGAGAAACUUUAUACCUGGCAAGGGCAUCAUUGAAAAUAUCAUAAACUGCAUCGAGAAAAGUUACAAGUCCAUCUUCGUUUUGUCUCCCAACUUUGUCCAGAGUGAGUGGUGCCAUUAUGAGCUCUACUUUGCCCACCAUAAACUCUUUCAUGAAGGAUCUGAUAAGUUAAUCCUCAUCUUGCUGGAACCCAUUCCAGAGAACAGCAUUCCUGGCAAGUAUCACAAGCUGAGGGCUCUCAUGGCACAGCGGACUUACUUGGAAUGGCCCACUGAGAAGAGCAAAUGUGGACUUUUUUGGGCUAACAUUAGAGCUGCUUUCAGUAUUGAAUUAACGCUAGUCACUGAAAACGAUGAUGUGCAAACUUAAAAAGAAAGUUGGGAGAUCCAACUGAACUUAAGAAAGCAUUUUCAACUUGAAUUUUGAUGGACACUUUGGUUUUAAGUUACUGUCUGGAUGAGGCCUUUAAGAAAGACUUAGUGAAAACUGUGGCUCAACUUAGCUGGAGAAUUAGGCUAGGAGGUGAGGUCAUGCUCAGACUUGCCAGCUGGAGAUAGCUCAAUCUCUUCUGGUUUAAGCAUUCUUUUUCAUAUUGAAACAGUCUCUUUUGAGUAAAUGCUCAGCCAUAAAGGACCUUUACCUUCCCUUCUCCUUUCCCGAAUGUAUUCUGUGUGAAUGCAGGAUUUUAUUACCUUCAUAGCCACAAAGAAAGCACCAUCCUCAGAACUGUAUGGAUGGUUCCUUGGAUUGAUCUUCAUUGGCCUCUGGGUGAACUUCAUCAUUCUGUUCAACUUUAGGGCUUGGGAAAAAAUUAAAUCAGCUAUGGAAAAUAAAAAAGCUAUUAGCUUCAUAUUUGAAUAAUAACUUAUUAAAGUUUUGACACUGCUACACAAAUAUGCAAUUGACCAGUGGAAUUCUUGGCAUAAUAAUUUAUGUAUAUAAAGGGAAAUAUAACCUUGGUUUAUCGUCCUAGGCUGUUGAGGCUAAAGACAUGGGACCGACCUGGUUGCCAAGGAAACUCAGAGCCAAAUUCAUUAGCAACUGGAUUUGAAUGAGACUUUCCUGGUUGUCUUAGAAACUGGCUAAAGCCUCAAUGCUGACAAAGGCAGUAAAUGAUCCCACAUCUUAUACAGAGGUACUAGGCACAGCCAUGCUAGACUUACUAAAAGAUAGCAGAAAGGGUCUUGCAGCUAUCAAUCCAUAUUACCCAUCUCCAGACCGUAUAAGGGCUUCCAAAGGGUGAUUGAAGUAUCAUUGAAUAGAGCUUCUAAACCUGUGGGGAGAUUGCAUUGGAUUUCUUCCAAAGGUAAACAAAUGGGAAUCUAAGCUAGUACUAAGAAGAGUAGUCUGGCAUCCCGGUCCCUGAUUGAAAGCUUUCAGGAAUGCACAGUUAGAAGGGAGCAAACAAGAUAUGAUGAGAGAGCUCUUGGCAGAGCUUCAUGAGUGUCCCCUGGAGUGUGGGGGCUGGUGGAUAUGAUGUACCUAGAGACUGGUAAAUAGUGCCUGGCAAGUACAGAAGCUUGAUAAAUAUUUGUUGAAUGAAGGGAUGAAUGCUUCUCACCUGGAUAAUUUAGACGGUGAGAGAACUGGCUUGGACAAACCAAAAUGACAGGAUAAGGAGAGAGGGGCAGCAGCGGCUGCAGCCUGCACCUCCACCAUUUGGAAUCACAAAUUACGUGGAUUUCCUGCAGGUCAUGUUGACCACGGGGAAGGAAGCUGAGUAUGAGUUGUCCUGAUGCGAGCUCAUCCAAUGGGCAGCCUAUUGUGCAAGUGGACUGUAGCAGUAACAAAAGUCAGGGGUACAGGGGAAAGAGAUGUGUUGGGAGAGGAUGCUGCAAGAGAUCAGCCAGAGUGUCUGCCAUUGGCAUCAAGAAACUGUGCAAGAAGGAGGUCCAUUUUAGGGUGCAUCACAGAUGCAUCCCAUGAAAGAGCCAACAUAUGGACUUUGCCAUCUGACUUAUCCAGUAGUUAAAUGCAGGGAUAUUUGCCCCUGUUUGUCUAAUUCUCCCCUUGCAGUGGUCUGGAGAUAUCCAGAAUAUAGAGAAGGCAGAGGAGGUAGAAGUACAGCAAAGAAACUGACCAUACUCCUCCUCCUUCAUUGCAAGUCAGGCCUGAGCUGGGGCGGAGCAGAAGUUUUGAAUUAGAUGUGAGAUUUGAUAUUAAAUUGGACCGGUCUGGAUGUUU